CUUUCCAAAAUCUUCUUUCAGGAUUUUAUAAGAUAUUACACGAUUAAUAUUUGUAAUUUGGCCUACAAAUUGAGAAAAUUGCUGGUCAUGGGACGGUUGAGUAGGUAUAAGAAGACAAAGUCUUGUGAUCCGUUUUAUAAGGGAGCUAAAAGCGAUGUAGAAGCCACCCAAAAGAACACAAAAAGAAGUAAAUCUAUUGACACGGAAGCUGAUGUUGAUGAGCAAAAAAUGCCAAGGUCGAUGAAGUUGCUCCUUGAAAGAGCCAAGAAGCUAAGUGUCAAAAAGAAAAAGAAGUUAAAACGAUUAGAUGACAAAACUGGAAAAACUGCAUUAUUUAAAAAGAAGAAGGAUGAAAGUCAAAGGGAAUAUCUUUACAGGAUCGACCAGGAAACAUCAUUAGCUGUAGUGGACUCAUUGAAAAGCCAGAAGAAAAUGAGUGAUCGCAGAAAAAGCCACUUGAUUAAAAGGAAAGAAAAACUUAAGAUCAAGAAGUGCCCAGAGAGGGUCUUUCAGAAGACUGCAGUGGAUUUUUCACACUUAAAAGACGAUGUCAGAUUUGGCGAUGUUGCAUCACAGCCUCCAAUGUUAACAGCAAAGCCAAGAAAAGCCUCUCUCCAGGAUAAGGGAAAAUCACCAUUAUUAUUAAGCAGCAAGCUAACUCAAGACAAAGUUUCAUCUAAACCGACCGAAGAUAGAAAGAAACAGAGCAAGAAUCUCAUCGUAAAAGCUAAAAGAAGAAAACAUAUGUCAGAAGCGGAGAAAGCAGUUAUGGACAAAGAGAGAUUACGCGUUAUUGAAUUGUACAGGACUUCGAAGAAAAAAGCGUAACAAAAUUCUCAAUCUUGAGCAAGAGAAAAGAGAUUAAAAGAGACAUGUUUCGUGAAUAAAUAUCUCUAAUUCAAAUCGCGCGUGGACGACAACGCGCGUGGACGACACAAAUAACUCGUCUAAUAUAAAUAAUGGAGUGUGCGUUAAUUUGUAAUCACGCCGUGUUCUCUCACUUCGGUGACGGCAGCAUUACAGAUAUACCAGAUAGAGAAUGCAGAGAACAGAAAAGAUGAAGGAAAGAAAGC